AUGCUAAAUUAUCUUAAUCACUUAAUCACAAAACAACAGCCUGCCCCGCUGCCGGCAUCGGUCAAGAUCACCGGCAUCAGGUUUCCUGCCGACGGGUCCAAGCCGCACACGCUGUCUCUUACCACAACAACUCAUGAUGUAAUGGAUAGGGGUGAGUCUCCUUGGGGACAUAUCCCUGAUUUGCGGGCCUUCUGGAAAACCGAACAGGCAUGGCAAUGGCGAGACUUUGAAACCUUCAGACUUGAAAACCAGCCGCUGAGCGGCUGUAAUGGUUUAUAUGUUGUCUUCUACUCAUUUGAUUCCGAGUCGUUGCCCUACCAUAGCAACUUUCCUGAAGGUAUAUUCGAAAGGGAAAGAACUUUUGCUGGAGACACCUUUGUCGUUAAACUUCAGGGUAAUGAGAUCGGGGACGAGCAAGGAGAGGAUGGCUGGGCAGUUUGGGUUGAUGUGCCGUUGAACAUCUUGAGCUUGCCUGUUAUGAAAAUCUGA